AUGUCAAAAGAGAAGGUAUCUGUUCAAUCAUUAGUUGAAGAAAAGAUGAGGUUAAGGAAGAAACUUGCUGAAGCACAACGUUUGAGCUCUCAAAAUAACUCACAACAAUACUAUUCAUCGGAAAGUUCGGAUUUUUUUGCACAAGAAGAGCAAAAGCAAAAUAAAACUCCGAUUAAAAAACCAAAAUCAAGAAUUCGCCUGAGCAAAGAGCCUCAAAUUUCUCCAAUCUCAAAUAAUUCAAAUACGUCGAAAAGCAGCUCAAAACAAUCACAAAAAGGUCGAAGUAAGCAACAUACUAAACCAGAUCCUGCAAGAAUUGAGAUGUAUAAUCAACUUAUCAAAGAAAAUCAUAAUUUACGCGAGAAACUUGUAAUGGAUCAACUCAUUUAUCGUUCUCCAGAGGAUAUUUCACCAGAAGAAAUCGAUCAACUUAUAGAAAACUUAGUUAAUGACAAUGAUACAUUAAAACUUGAAGUUCAAAGACAAGAAGCAGCUCAAGAUAAAACAAGAUAUGCUACACAUGAUAUGUUCUUUGGUCUUGAGGGUAAUCGCGCAGGCUGCCAAUUUUGGGUUCCUUUAUCUGAAUCUCAAAUUGCUGAAGAACAAGCAAGAGAUACAACACCGCUUCCAAUGCCAGCAAGAAAAACAAAGCCAAGGGAGCCGUGUUCAAAAUGUGAAAAAGCAAUUUUAAUGUUAUCAAGAAUUCCUCCAUAUCCACUGAACUCAACGGAUAUGACAGAAGAUGAGACAAAACUUGUAGCAAACUUCAUUUAUACUGGUCUUGGUCGUGAAGUUAGCGUCACCAAAGUAGAGCGUUCUCUCUUUUAUUGGAGAUUAAUUGAAAUGGAAAGAUCGAUGCAUUCCAUUCGAGUUGUUACUUAUCAGAGCAAUGAGAUAAUUAAGAUAUCUCGUAGUGGGUUUGAUUCUGCAGUUAUCACUUCAGAACAUUUUAAGUAUAUAAACGAUGACUUGAAAGCCAAUGGAAAAGCAUCGUUCCUUCUUUGUGCAGCUGAUGCAGGACAGUCUACAACAAAUGCUUGUGGGCAUACAGCUGUUCCAUCAUCAGGAGAUAUACAAGAAGCUUCAGAGUCAUAUGAUUCACUCUACUUCAAAUACCAUGGUGCCCAGGCAUUAUUCAUCUUAAAACCGGAAAGAAUAAUACCAUUAUUUUAUGUUGAAAUCCAAGAUCAAUAA